GUCAUAAACAAGGUCUUAUGUCGGGUCCUAAACCAAGUCUUAAGUAAGAUCUUAGUUUUAAGGGCCAUCCCAAGACCAUCCAGAGCCAUCUUAGAUGCUGUUUCCAUUUCCCAUCAUAAAUUCAGCUUUAUCAGGAUUUCUUGCUUCUUCAUGACGUUAUUUAUUGGAUCUUGGUCAGCUGCUGUUGAAUUUGCACAAUGGGUUACCAGGUCAAACCAGAUAAAAGGAAUGUGUUGUUGGCAACUGGAGAGUCAUACAGGUCACUAUCCUUUCAAUACAGAAUUCACCAUAGUUGGAUUAGCAUAUGUGUAAAACAAGUUCUUCAAAGUAUUGGUAAACGUAUGCUUCAUAUCUAUUUACCUCAGCCUAGUAAAGAACAAAUGGAGGCAAAUGCUUCAGAUUUUAAUAGCUUAUGGAAUUACCCAAAUUGUUGUGCAUCGAUUGAUGGUAAAUAUAUAAGAAUUCGUUGUCCAUCCAAUGCAGGAUCUCUCUAUUUUAAUUACAAAAACUUUCAUUCAAUUGUUCUGCUAGCAGUCGUCGAUGCAAGGUAUAGAUUUGUGGCAAUUGACGUAGGAUCCUAUGGCAGAGAGGGCGAUGCGGGGAUAUUUAUAAAAUCAAACAUAAGAAAGCAGAUUGCUACUGUUAACUGUUUUAAUUUACCUCCUCCAAGAUUUAUUCCUGGUACUAAUAUGCAGCAACCUCAUGUAAUAUUGGGGGACUUGGCAUUCAGUUUAACAACAAAUAUUAUGAAACCAUAUUCACCUAAUCAAGCAAAGCAUGACAAGACAAAAGCCAUUUAUAACUACAGACAUUCCAGGGCCAGAACAUCAAAAGAUGCAUUUGGUAUAAUGUGUCAGUACUUUAGAAUAUUCUACACACCCAUAGCCGUGGCUCCAGAGGUAGCUGACAACAUAAUAGUUUCUACUUUUAUAUUGCACAACAUGUUUCCAAAGGCAAAAAUUUCUUGUUCAAACGAAAAUGCCAAUAAAGUUUUUUUCCGGAUUUUACAAAAGAAAGUAUGUUAAAGUUAAUCGCCACUUGCGACAAAAGAGCAUCAUAUGAAGCAUUUGAGGUUAGAGAUAACUUUAAAAUCUAUUUUAAUACUAUUGGGGCUGUACCAUGGCAAGGCAAUAUGGUGUCUCGUGUCGAGUAAUAUUAUUAUUGUCAAAAUAUUAUAUGUGCAA